GACAUAGCACAAGAAUUGCUGGAUUCUUUUCUUGGGGCAACGAACAUCUUGCAACUGCUGAAUUGGAUGUUGGUGGUGGCUUGCCAACAAGGCCAUCUAGAAGUGGUUAAGCUCUUGGUGCUGGUAUACAAAGCGAACCCUGACAGCUACGCCAUGAGAAAGAAUGAGUUCCCCGUACUCCUUCGAUUGCCGCUUUACGCCGCCAUGCAAGAAGGCCAUGAUGAUAUUGCUGCCUUUUUGCUGGAGAAUGGUUCCUUCUUUUGUUCUUACACACUAAUGGAUUGUCCCAAGGCGAGCAAACGGCUUCUUUGCAAUCAUUUCAUUGAACCAGUUUCUUCAUCCAGGAAUGUCCAGGCAAAACCAGGUCUUUCUGUGAACUGGUCCAAGCUCAGAUUGCCUUGGGUGGAUUUUGACUGGCUGAUAGAUCUUUCCCAUCAAAUAACGGAGCUGGAUCUCUCUGCUAAUCAACUGACCUCCUUGCCGUCCAUCAUUCCUUGGGGUUUGAUGAACCUUCAGAAACUGAACCUCUCCGACAACCGAUUAAAACAGCUGCUUGACGUACCGUCCUCAGAUGGAAUCAUUUGCACGAAGUUACUGGCGAUUGACAUAUCUAACAACAGAUUCCUCAGCCUUCCUUCUGGUUUAUUGUACCUUUCUAGACUCCAAAGACUCGCUGCUUCCCAAAAUUAUUUGGAAAGACUCUUUGAUGAGGAGAACACAACCAACUGGAUUGGAUUAAGAAAACUGCAGGAAUUAGACGUCUCGGACAAUAGAUUAUCGGAGCUGCCUGUUUCCUUUCUGCACUGCUUGAAAUCAUUACAAAGCCUCAACGGAUCCAGCAAUAACUUAAAAGUGUUUCCUCUGCCGUGGGCCUGUCCUUUGGUAAGUCUGGCUAAUCAUUGUGCUAACAGCAAUGAACUCUCAUGCAAAACAUUGGAAGGUCUGGAUGGAUUGCGACAGCUGAUCUUCCACAUCAGCACAAACAUGAAGGAUGUCGGAAAUUCCAUCGGCUCACAGAGGCUUGUUGGGAGAUUGGUCCCGAGGAGCUAUUUGAGUCUUCAAGUAUCCGUCACAAUUGAGCAACAGAGGAGAAGCCAAAACGAUAGCGUGCAAUAUCUCACCGACAAGGAAAUACAAGGGAUCAUUGAGAAAACUCCAGCCAAUGACAUCAAGGAUUAUGAAGACAUGCAGUCUGCCAUCAAUUUCCUGAUCGAAACUGGGACGCUGAUGCAUUUCCCAGACACAAGCCAUGGGCUGAGGAACCUCUACUUCCUUGACCCCGUGUGGUUGUCUGAAUGCCUGCAAAGAAUAUUCAAUAUCAAAAGCUCCAAGUCAAUUGCCAAGAACGGUGUGAUCAAAUCCGAGGACCUCCGGAUGCUGAUGGUCGGGACAGGGUUCACCAAGGAAACCGAAGAGCAGUAUUUCCAAUUCCUUGCCAAGUUUGAAAUUGCAUUACCGAUAGCAAACAACAG